AAGCCAUGUUUUUUUGGCUUCAAGCCCGUAGGAUUCUCAUCAUGAAGCGGAAGGCGCCAGCUCAUCCCGCGAAGGACGUCAAGAAAGCCAAGGGGCAAAGUCGGCAAAGCUCCACCGUCGCGUCGAAAUCAGAGAAGGGUUUGUCUGAAAGAAGGUUGAAGCAGUAUUCGUCGGCGAAAUCUGGAAAGCUGUCCUUGUCAGUGGGCAUCACUGGAGCUCGAGCAGGAGACAUGCUGCGCGGUGUGGAAGGAGCCAGCAACGGUGACGUGGCGAAUGUAGUUCUGCGCAUCGUUUCCGGCGUGGUUGCUGCACCGUCGAUCAUUCGCAGAAGCGUGGAGGCCGAGGUGGGCCGGGAGGCCCUGGUGGAUUCUGUCAGCAAGCACUUCGGCAUCUCCAAGGCGGCCGCGGGGCUGCGCUACGACGACUUCCCCCAAACUGAGGCGCCCAAUCACCAGCCCCUGGGCUCUGGAUGCGUCCACGGCGUGGAGGAGGACUGCGGCUGCCCGCCGGCCGCGACCUUCGUCGUUGUGUCGCAAGGAGUGUGGCAAGGUUUCGCAGAACAGCACGGGAACGGCGCGGAGCUGCAGGCCAUGGUGGAGGAGCACCGCGCAGUCUGCUGGCGCGAUGUGUUGAAGCUGAUGUACACCCCGGGCUUGCCGGAGGGCAAGAAGCUGAUCCUUCGUCCUCGGCUCUUUGAGCUGGUGGCGGGACCUGAGCAGAUCCUGUCAGAGGUAAAGAAUGAGGAGGUCUUGGACGUCUUGGAUGCCUUUCCUGGUGACAGAGCAGGCGCUUUGACUCUGAGGCUCUCUGGUAUGCUGGUGCGCGUGCCGGCCUCUGCACAGGCUUUCCACUUGGAGCCGGAGGCCGUCCGCGAGGCGGUCGAGGGCCUGAUCUCCACCAGUGAGGAGCAGAUCCUCGCAUGCUUGGCUCCGCUGCGGAAGCUGAGCCUCGGGGCCUUGAAGAGCUGCCUGCAGAAGGUCAUCCGCUUUCACGCGAAGGACGUGUCCCUGGGCCAGAAUUCCGUGCCCGUCCCGGCGCCGGUGGUCGCGGCGGCGAGCUGCGGCCUGCUGUUCGCGGCCAAGGGCGGCUUCAGCCCGGAGCUGCAGCUCUUCACGCGGGGCUGCACCGCGGCCCUGAAGCGCCUGGCCGUGAUCUUGGUGGAAGACGCCUGGGUCGAGGACCCCCAGGCGCCUGCGCAGCUGGCGUCGCUGCUGGCUUUGGGCUUGGUGACACAGCAGAUGAGCUAUGAGCCGCCCAGGCACGUGGUGGUCUCCGCCAUGCGGCUGGCGGCCAAGGCGGCCAGCUCCGGCAGCGUGAUCGCCUGGCGGACGCCUUCGAAAUCGGCGUCGGCGUCCAAGGUGAAAGUGAAGGUGUCCGAGCCGCAGAGCCGCUUCUUUCAGAGCUCCGCCCACCUGCUGCGCGUGCUCCGCAGCUUUCCCGGCGACAUGGAGAUGCUCGACAGGGCGGCGAAGGCCGCCACUCUGGGCGCCCUGGAGCUGCAGCGCGCGGCGGAGCGCCCGGAGGUGAUGCCGCUGUGCCACCUGGUGGACCAGCACGCCUUCCGCGGGGUGGGGCACGUGCUCGGCGCCGGCUCUGGCGCGACGUUUGCGGAGCGCUUUCGGGUUCUCUUCGAGAAGUGCACGGGCUGCAACCCGCGACUGUCCAGCUUGGUGGACUUUGAGACGAGACCUGAGGUGCGAGUGGCUCGCUUCGCGCAGCGCUGCUGCCUCCACAUGGCGCUCUCGAAAGCCCGGAGCGCGAUUCCCUCGGCGUCGGAAGGCGUCUCAGUGAGUUUGGAGCUGGAUGCAGGCGUGCUGGCUGCGGCGGUUGGACCGGUUCCGGUGCAGGCGGGUCGGAAGCGGAAGCGGGAGCUCCUGGUUUUGCUGGGCCUGCGGUGUCCGGAGGAUGAGGUGGUCAUGCAAAAGCCAGCGAGGGCGACCAGAGACUUGUUCGGUGAGCUCACCGAGCAAGAGCGAGCAGAGGCCAUCUCUGUGGCACGGUCUCAGCGCCAAAAAGCGCAGUCGCCCCUCUUGCCCGGCACUCAACACGCCCAGUUUCGCGAUACCUGGAUGCUGGACGGGCGCAAGUGGGAAGACCUGGUCAAGGAGGGCUUGAAAGUCACGGUCCCAUCGGCUCCAGCCCCCGGGUGGUGCAACGAGUCCACAGACUGGGAGCGGCUGCUGGAGGACGACGCUGCCUUCGAAGAGGCGCUCCAAAGCGCAGGUGCUGGGAUGACCCCCGAUGCGCGAAAGUGGACUCUGCGCCUGACCAGUGCGCUUCCUCACGCAGCUUGCCUGCGCGGGGUCUCGCUUCUGCGGCAGCAGUACACCAGCGUCCAGCUGCCAACUCCGUCGCUGCAGGGGGGGUUGGUGUCGGAUCAGCUGGCGGCCUAUGACGGGGACUGGCUGGUCUACCGGCUCCUGGUCUUGGUGUCCCAGUUGGUGCCAGCGCUGCGCCCCACCGCGCCCCCCAACUUCCAGGUGGGCAACCCCGUGCUUCUGCGGGUCCUGGAGAAGUGGAUGAUGGAAGGCAUCCAACUCGUUGGGACGGCGCGUCCUUCGGGUCCUUCUUGUUCUUCGGCUUCUGGCGCGGAGUGGGCGGAGCUCCGGCGGCAGCUGGAGGCGUCUGCGAAGCUCAUGGAGCAUCAGAGGGAGGCGAUCUGCCGUAUGGUGGAGCGGGACGAGCACUUGAAGUGUGGAGGCCACUUCCUCAUCAUGGAUACUGGUCAUGGCAAAACCAUCACCGCGCUUCUUUACGCCUUCAGGUGGCUGGAAAGCAGUGGCCAGAAUGUGCGGCGCAUCAUGUGGGUAACUCCAGCGGGCACGGUGGAGAAUUUGGUGAAGCAGUUGCGCACCACCUGGCGCUGUCCGACACACGUGGUGCCUCGUAUCUCCAGCGCCAAGAAGCCGAAGACGGGAGAAGGUGCCGACUUGGCUCUCAAGGAUUUCAUGGUGAAUGUGAUCCAUGCGGACCAUUUGCGGACUGCCAUCGACAAGGGGCUGGCUGCGGAGGCCACAUCUUCCUUUUUCGUCUUCGAUGAAGUGGACGAGAUGUAUGCCCCGACCCUGCGCACUUCCGCCGCACGUCGGCUCUGCCAGCUUUGUCCCAAGUUCGUAGCGCAGACCGCCACCCCCAUGCGCAAGAACGAGUCGCAGCUCAUCGCGUGGCUGGCGGAUACCUGCGCCUUCCCUGUGGACAAGAAGAAUUGGCUGGUGGCCGCUUCGGGAAUGGUCUCUAUGCAGCUGGAGCUAGGCAUCAAAGCGCGGGAAGAAGAAGUCUUGGUGCCCAUGGCGGAGGAGGUGCGAGAUCAUUGCAGAAAGCUGCUCAAGUCCAGGACGGCUUGUUGGCUGGAGAUGGCGUGCCUGGUGCAGCAGCACACAGAUCCGGCCAUGGUGCGGCAGGCGGUGAAGGCUGCCCAGGAGGACCGUGUCAAACAUGCAGAUGGCGGUGUUUUGCUGGUGGCCGAUUCGCGGCAGCAUGCCGAGAAGCUGAUCAAGCUCUGUAGUGCCCAUCUUCCCACCGGGGACUUUGCGUCCCUCGAAUCCUCCGACGCGAAGAGGUUUGCCAUCGUGGUGGUGACCAAGGACAAAGAUCGCGGAUACAACUCUGCGCGACGCCUUGGGGUCAUGGUGACUGGAGCCUAUGCUGGGAAUGCUGCAUCCAGACAUCAGAUCAGAGGCCGUCUCAGACGCCUGGGGCAGAAGCGCCAGGAGGUUCGGUUCCUGACCGUCUGCAUGGAGAAUUCCAUUUUGCACUUGCUGCACAAACGCCACAGCGCAGUGGACACGAUGAAUAUUUCGCUGGAGCAGCUUGGGCAGAAGUUUGGUGCGGAAGUUGUGAGGGGCUUGGGGUAAUCAGCUGCGCCACAAUCAAACCUGGGCAAGUGAAGGUGACGGACC